ACCAGUUUCCUGCUCUUGUUGCCAGACUCAGUUUUUUUUCCCUCUCUUUCUAGAAUUAUUAGUAAUGGAGAUUCAAUAGUAGUAGUAUCCAAUCUUCAAUUCUUCAGUUUCUUUCCUACAUUCAUUUUUCUAACUGAAAAGAAAAACAAAAACCCACACUCAUUUUGUUAAUUUCCUCUUAACUUGUGGUUUUGAGAGAGAGAUUGGUGAAUGCAGGUUUGAUUUUUUGCAAUCUCUCUCACUCUCUAUCUACCCAACUACUUUGAUUAAUCUUUGCAGUACUAAAUAGUGGUUGAUUUGUAAAAAAAAGGAAAAAAUAAUAUUGGAUCCCAUAAUUUCCAAAAAAUGGGUCUUCUGAAUUAAAACAGAGUAUUGAGAAACCCUAGAAAUACUGCUUAAAAAAAGAGAGAGUAAGAUAUUCGUUCUUUUUUCUUUGUAACUUUUUGAGCUCAACUCACGUGGAGUUACCGCUAUUUGUCUUUUGAUAAGUUUCAACUUUCAAGCUCUUAAAUAUAAACUCAUCACAGAAACGUUUUUGCUGUAAUCCUGGUUGGUUUAAUGGCUAUUCAUUCAAAGCUCUUUCUCUCUCUCUUGGGAAAGAGAUGAGUCUUUGAAGUUUUUAGGGUUCUGAUUCUUCUGAAUAGAGUUAGGUCUUGCACUGAAACACUGUUUAUAAGGAUAGUGAUGUUUUUGUAUGUAUUGAAGAAAAAAAAAAGUGAAUGGGGUGUUAAAAGUACUUUGAUCUCAUCAGUUCAAUCUCACAGAGAGAGACAGUGAGACAAAAGAGAGGGAAAUUGUUUAAUGCCAGUUGAAGAUUUACAAAUGGUUUCUUCAUCUUCUUCAUCACUGCUGUAAUUGUAAUGCUAUUAUUAUCAGUUACAAUGAAAUCAUUAUCAGCUCUAAAUGCAGAUUCAAGGAGAAGAAGAGGAAGGUACAUUUUGUUUAUUUACUUUCUCUCUGUAACAUUUAGUUUUGGGUUAGUCAGAUCAAGUGAUGAAGAGGCAUUAUUAAGGCUUAAAUCGAAGAUUGAUCCUUCAGAUACAUUAUCAUCAUGGAGAAAAGGAUCUGAUUUCUGUAAAUGGCAAGGGGUUAGAGAGUGUACAAAUGGUAGGGUUACAAAGUUAGUUCUUGAGCAUUUGAAUCUAAGCGGAACCUUAGAUGGGAAAAGUUUAAACCAGCUUGAUCAGCUUAGAGUAUUGAGUUUCAAAGAAAACUCGUUCUCUGGUGAAAUCCCCAAUUUAUCUGGUUUAGUUAAUUUGAAAUCACUUUAUCUGAAUGAUAAUCAAUUUAUGGGUCAUUUUCCAAGUUCUAUUUCAGAUCUUCAUCGUUUGAAAAUCAUUGUGUUGUCGGGAAAUUUAUUGUCGGGUAAGAUUCCCGUCUCGCUUCUCAAGCUUCUGCGAUUAUACAUUCUUUAUUUGCAAGAUAAUCAAUUUACAGGAGAAGUUCCAGCUCUGAAUCAGCCAACUCUUAGAUUCUUGAAUGUAUCUAAUAAUCAACUUUCUGGCGAAAUUCCAUCAAAUGCAGUACUCGCUCGAUUCAAUUCAACUUCAUUUCUCAAUAAUGUCAAUCUAUGUGGCAAACAGAUAAAUGUCGUCUGCAGCAAUGCUUCAAUUACUCCUAACGGAGCUCCAUCUACUGGUUCAAAGUCACAUUCAAAGCAUGUAAACAAGAAACUUAUAUUGAUUAUUGUUGGUAGUAUUGUAGGAUUGAUUUUGAUGUUAAUCUGUUUGGUAAUCUUAUGGAAAGUUUGCAAGACUAGGAAGACCAAAAAGUCACAGGAAGAGUCACGAGAACUUAGGAGCAAAGUUGAAGUAGGCACUGAAGGAGUAGUAGGAGGAAUGGGUGGCGAAGGGUCUGGAAUUGGUGGUUCAAAACAGGGAGGAUUUUCAUGGGAGAAUGAAGGUUUGGGAAGUUUGGUUUUUUGUGGAGCAGGGGAUCAACAAAUGAGCUAUAGUUUAGAAGAUUUAUUGAAGGCAUCCGCAGAGACAUUAGGAAGAGGAACACUGGGGAGUACUUAUAAAGCAGUGAUGGAAUCUGGGUUUAUAGUUACCGUGAAAAGAUUGAAGGAUUCUAGGUAUCCAAGGCUUGAAGACUUCAGGAGACAAAUGGAUGUGCUAGGGCGACUCAGACAUCCUAAUUUGGUACCAGUCAGGGCUUAUUUUCAAGCUAAAGAAGAACGUCUUCUCGUCUAUGAUUAUUUCCCUAAUGGCAGCUUGUUCUCACUCAUUCACGGAUCAAGAACUUCAGGGGGUGGAAAGCCCCUACACUGGACAUCCUGCUUAAAAAUAGCAGAAGACUUGGCAACAGGAUUAGUCUACAUCCACCAAACCCCUGGACUAACCCAUGGAAACCUGAAAUCAUCCAACGUUCUUUUAGGUUCAGACUUCGAGUCCUGCCUCACUGACUAUGGCUUGACACCAUUCCGUGAUCCUGACUCACUUGAAGAACCGAGCGCAUCAUCUCUCUUUUAUAGAGCUCCUGAAUGCCGAGACCUGCGAAAAAUACCAACACAAGAAGCUGAUGUCUAUAGUUUUGGAGUUCUUCUUUUAGAACUUCUCACUGGAAAAACACCUUUCCAAGACCUUGUUCAAGAACAUGGUGCCGAUAUUCCUCAAUGGGUUCGUUCAGUCCAGGAAGAGGAGACGGAAUCUGGAGAUGAUCCAAACUCAGGUAAUGAAGCAUCUGAAGAGAAAUUGGGAUCUCUUUUAAAUAUUGCAAUGACUUGUGUUUCUCUUUCAUAUGAAAACCGACCCGCGAUGAAGGAGGUAUUGAAAAUGAUUAGAGAAGUUAGGGCAGAAGCUCAGGUGUCUUCAAAUAGCAGCGACCAUUCACCAGGGAGAUGGUCAGAUACGAUUCACAGUUUGCCGAGAGACGAACAUUUGAGCAUCUAAGCUAGGCAGUUAGAAUAAUACAUUCCACUAUUCUUUUUUCACGUAUCUUUUUUUCUUAUCUUUUCUGUUCUUUUCAAGAGUCCAGUUCAACAUGCUGUUGUAGAUUGUUAUGCUGUAAAUUAUUUGGGUACUUCCGAGUAGUAAAUUUUCUAAUCGAGUAAGAUGGGUUAUUCA